GUAGAAAGUCUGAAACCUUUCACGAGAGGAUUUUCCGUUCUCACUCUUACUCUUUCAAACCCUCCCUCCACACGCACCUUGGCCAACCUUCACAUUUUCUUGGUAUUCAUUCUGCUCUUUUCUUCUUAAUCAGAUCCAAACCCUUUUUUAAUUGCAUCAAGAAUUCUCUGAAGAUCGAAUCUUUCUCAAGAUUUUGUUCUUUCUUCCUCUUAUACCUCGGAAAACAGAGGGUUUGCUUAGAAAAUAAUAACAUAAUUUGAUUAAUCUUCGUUAUGAACACGUUUCCUCAUCAGGGGUUUUCAUGUAUCAGUCAUAUGAACACAGAAACAUAGAAUAUUCAAUUAAUGUGUAGACUUUGCUUACGAUUUCAGUCAAAUGCCAUUUCUUUAGUUCCUUACUACAUUGAGAUCUUCAACAGAAAAGUAGCUUUCUGUGCUGUGAAAUCACUCUUUAUCUGGCCACAAAAUCCAAAAUCUUGAUUUCGAAUCUUGGGUUUUAGCCAUUUUUUGAUCUUUUAUAAAAAAGAGUGAUAAAAAGAUGGAUUCUUGUUGUGCUACUUUCAAGCCUAAUCUGCAUGUUCGAAAAGGUAUCGAUGGAAUCGAAAAUGGGUUCUGGGGAAACAAGAUCAAACCUUUUGCAACUCAUUUCUGUAAAAGUUCAAGAACUCAAACGCGAAAAAUCAAGAAACUUGGGGUUACUCAAUCUGUUCUUGAAUCACCGGUUGAUGAGGAGAUGCUGAAAUUCGAGACACCAUUCUUUGAUGAACGAAAAGUAGACCCUAAAACAGUAGCCUCCAUUAUCUUGGGUGGUGGUGCAGGAACUCGACUCUUUCCUCUUACUAGCAAACGAGCUAAACCAGCUGUUCCAAUUGGUGGAUGUUACAGACUUAUCGAUGUUCCAAUGAGUAAUUGCAUUAAUAGUGGGAUACGAAAGAUCUUCAUCUUGACACAGUUUAAUUCGUUUUCACUCAAUCGUCAUCUUGCUCGAACUUAUAACUUCGGAAAUGGAAUGAGUUUUGGAGAUGGAUUUGUGGAAGUUCUCGCUGCUACUCAAACACCAGGGGAAGCAGGAAAGAAAUGGUUUCAAGGAACAGCAGAUGCUGUUCGCCAAUUUAUAUGGGUGUUUGAGGAUGCUAAAAACAAGAAUGUUGAGAACAUAUUGAUAUUAUCGGGUGACCAUUUAUACCGAAUGGACUAUAUGGACUUUGUUCAGAAACAUGUUGACACAAAUGCUGAUAUAACUGUUUCUUGCAUUCCCAUGGACCACAGCCGAGCAUCCGACUAUGGAUUAAUGAAGAUUGACAAGACAGGACGAAUAGUCCAUUUUGCUGAGAAGCCAAAGGGCAACUUGCUAAAAUCAAUGCAAGUGGACACCACUCUUCUAGGGUUAUCUGAGCAUGAGGCCUUGAAAAACCCUUACAUUGCAUCAAUGGGCGUUUACGUCUUUCGAACCGAUGUCCUUCUAAAACUUUUGAGAUGGAAGUACCCUUCAUGCAAUGACUUUGGGUCUGAAAUUAUUCCUAGUGCGGUUGCAGAGCACAAUGUCCAAGCGUAUCUAUUCAAAGAUUAUUGGGAGGACAUCGGUACUAUAAAGUCUUUUUUCGAUGCAAACCUAGCCCUAACCGAACAGCCUCCAAAGUUUGAUUUCAAUGAUCCCAAGACUCCUUUCUUCACAUCACCAAGAUUCUUGCCUCCUACUAAAGUCGAAAGAUGCAGGAUUGUUGAUGCGAUAAUCUCCCACGGGUGUUUUUUGCGCGAUUGUAGCGUUCAACACUCGGUUGUUGGGGUGCGGUCACGUCUAGACCAAGGCGUUGAGCUUAAGGAUACGAUGAUGAUGGGUGCGGACUACUACCAAACGGAUGCGGAAGUUGCGGCUUUUAUAGCAAGUGGGAGAGUUCCAAUCGGUGUGGGACAGAACACGAAUAUCACGAAUUGCAUAAUCGAUAAGAAUGCCAAGAUUGGAAAAGAUGUGGUGAUUGCAAACAAAGAUAAUGUGGAAGAAGCAGACAGAUCGGAUGAAGGUUUUUACAUAAGAUCGGGGAUAACUGUCAUCCUCAAGAAUGCAACCAUUAAAGAUGGAACCAUCGUGUAGUAAAAAGGAAUUAGAAUUAGAAUCUGUUGUUUUCACAGCAUGGGUAAUAAUAUUAAUUCAGUGUAGAAUAUUAACAGUUUCUUUCAACGUACGUAAGCAAUUGGUGUACUAAUACUCGCUUAACCCUGUCAAUAAAUGAGUCGUAACACUUUUCAAUUA